AUGUUUUACAGUUUCACGGUUCGAGAGGACCAUCGAGACUUCCUGAGGUUUCUCUGUUUUAGAGACAACGACUUGAACAGAGAGAUAAUUGAGUGCCGAAUGAAAGUGCAUGUUUUCGGCAACAGCCCAUCGCCCGCCGUAGCUACCUACGGGCUUCGACGAACAGCUCGAGAGGCUGUUCAGCAGUUCGGAGAGGACGCAAAGAAGUUUGUCGAAAGAGACUUCUACGUGGACGAUGCCCUGAAGUCGUUUCCAACCGAAGAGGAUGCCAUUGGCCUGUUAAAGACGACGCAACAAAUGCUUGCAUCUGCUAACAUUCGGCUGCACAAAAUAGCCUCAAAUAGGCAAAACGUUUUGCUUGCGUUCCCAUACGAGGACCACGCGAAAGGUUUGCAAAACCUCGACUUCAGCUCUGACCCAUUGCCCACACAGAGAAGCCUUGGCUUGCUUUGGGACGUACGCGACGACAGCUUCGUUUUCCGGGCCCCACUUCAGGACAAGCCAUACACUCGGAAAGGGGUAUUAUCGACGGUCAAUAGCCUAUACGACCCGCUGGGUUUUGUAGCUCCAGUCACGGUGCAAGGAAAACAUCUGCUUCGUGAGCUGACUGCAGAAGGCUACGACUGGGACACUCCUCUCUCGGAGGACAAGCGUCGACAGUGGGACGACUGGAAAACCUCGCUUCACGCAUUACAUGAUCUCCGAAUCGCACGAUCGUAUGCACCAAUGUCGCUGCGCAAGGCCAGAUGCAAAGAACUUCACGUCUUCUCGGACGCGUCCACGAAAGCCGUAGCGGCAGUAGCAUAUCUGCGGUUGAUCGACGUAGACGGGGGCAAACACAUUGGAUUUGUUAUGGGAAAGGCGAAACUGACCCCUCAGCCAGAACACACCAUACCAAGUCUUGAGUUGUGUGCAGCGGUGCUUGCGGUUGAAAUGACCGAUUUCAUCCUACGAGAGUUAGACUUUCGGCCGGACUCGGUCGUAUUCUGCACAGACAGCAGGGUGGUUUUGGGAUAUAUUUUCAACGAGACCAGGCGGUUCCACGUGUACGUAGCCAACAGAGUCCAGCGCAUUCGCAAGAGCACGCUACCAGAGCAGUGGAAGUACGUCCGCACGGACGAAAAUCCGGCAGACCACGCCACGAGAAUGGUGCCAGCGACGCGGCUCAAGGGCACAAACUGGUUCACGGCACCAGACUUCCUUUCGCGGCAUGAGACAGAUCCCGCAACACAGGAUUUCGUCCUCGUGGAUCCUGAUCAUGACAAAGAACUGAGGCCCGAGGCCAGCACGUUUGUUACCAAGGUGAAUGUAAACGAACGACUCGGAUCCAACCGCUUCAGUAGGUUUUCAAGCUGGCAAUCGCUACAACGCGCUGUCGCCAGUCUGAUCCGCGUAGUACGGCAGCGGGGAAAAGAGCCUCAGCUGGAGGCAGAUGCUGUGCAGCUGCUACUGAGGGCCAAGACUGUCGCAAUUGGGGCAGUGCAGCAGGAUGCUUUCUCCAAGGAGAUACACUGCAUUCGUGAGCAAAAGUCACUUCCUAGAAAUAGCCCACUCCGAAAACUCGAUCCGUUUCUCGACGCACGCGGUUUGCUUCGCGUCGGCGGCCGCUUGAACAAAGGCGACUUUCCGGACGACGAAAGAAACCCCCUGAAAAUCCCGGGCCGGCACCAUGUCGCGACACUCCUUGUGCGUCACUACCAUGAGCGUGUGCAACACCAAGGAAGACACUUUACUGAGGGUGCCAUUCGGUCGGCUGGUUUCUGGCUAAUCGGAGGCAAGAGGUGCAUCCGCUCAGUGAUGUCGGGUUGCGUUUUAUGCAAGAAGCUCAGGGGACGCUUCCAAGAGCAGAAAAUGGCCGACCUUCCAAGAGACAGGCUCAGCGAGGAGCCUCCGUUCACAAACGUUGGCAUUGACGUAUUUGGUCCAUGGACCAUCGCUGCCCGCCGGACAAGAGGUGGAAUAGCCAACAGCAAGCGCUGGGCAGUUAUAUUUACUUGCCUCAGCAUUCGCGCCGUGCACAUUGAAGUUAUCGAAUCACUCGACACGACAGCCUUCAUCAAUGCCCUUCGUAGGUUCUUGGCAAUACGAGGACCUGUCAAGCUGAUACGUUCUGACUGCGGAACAAACUUCGUCGGAGCGUGCAGGGAACUAGGAAUCAACGCCAAGAGUCUCGAUAGUUCAGACGUUGGUAACUUCCUUAGCGAAAACGGCUGCGCGUGGGCAUUCAACCCACCACAUGCUUCUCAUAUGGGCGGAGCGUGGGAGCGGAUGAUUGGAAUCACACGGCGCAUCCUUGACUCUAUGCUCAUUCAGAACAGGCACGAUCACCUUACGCACGACAUGCUUGCGACCUUCAUGGCAGAAGUGUCCGCCAUCAUCAAUGCCGGGCCCUUAGCCCCCGUAUCAUAUGACCCCGAAGAUCCCUAUCUUCUCACUCCAGCAACUCUCCUGACACAAAAACAGGGGAACAACGCGCCAGCUCCUGGAAAACUGGACACAGGCAACCUAUACAAGCGGCACUGGCAACAAGUGCAGGGCCUCGCUAAUGGUUUUUGGAAGCGCUGGCGCUCUGCCUUCCUCUCAACUUUGCAGCAACGGCGCAAGUGGCAACAAGCAAAGCCUAACCUAAAGAAAGGCGAUGUCAUCUUGUUAAAAGAUAGCCAGGCCGCCCGCAGCGACUGGCCUGUGGGAGUCGUGACACAAAGUUUUCCUAGCACGGAUGGAAGAGUGCGAAGAAUAGAGGUCAAGGCAUUUAGAAAUGGAGCUGUGAAGACGUUUUGCAGACCCAUCACGGAGGUUGUGCUUCUUGUGUCGCCAUGGUAUACAGUGACAGUGGUGUACAACGGGAGCUGA